AGGCUAGGCAAGCUUUGGCUGCCUUGAAAUCGGGAGACACUUUAAAUGCUGUUUCUUUUCCAAGACAGAGAAUUUUGCUGAAAUAAGCAACUCUGGUCAUCUCUGCACAUUUGUAGUGCUGCAGGAAUCUGAAAAAGCUUCCCGUCUUUGAGCUCAUCAUGAAGAGUGGCCGUGGCAGCAGUUCCUCCUUCCAGUGUUCAAGUUCCAGUGGUGUCGAUCUUAGCCUUACUGGUCUACCUAUGCAAGUGCUGCAACGUCCAAGCAGUGCCUCUCCAGGCAAGCACAUCGCUCGCUCCAUUUCCGUCAUCACAGAAAACAAGCCAAAGAGGAAUAUCCUAGAAGAUGCAGGGUUUGGCACCUCCAGAGCUAUGAACAAUUUACGAAGAUCCAACAGCACAACUCAGGUCAAUCAGCAAGUGAAUGGUACCUUCAACAGUGCAGAACAGCAUGGAGACUUUCUGACAUUAUUUGAUAGCAGCUCAGGUGGAAGAAAGAAAUUAGCAAGUUUGAGCAAAGUUUCUCCAGAAAAGAAGACCACAUGGAAUAUUCUGGAUGAGCAGCCUAGAACCUUUCCUGUCCCAUCCAGCACCAGGGAGACCCCUGCAGGCAUGAGGAAAAAAGAAAUUUGUGUGCCACUUGCAGCCAACUUCACUGCCAAUAACAGGAGUAACAAAGGUGCCAUGGGCAACUGUGUCACCACCAUGGUGCAUAACAACUACUCCACUGCAGACAAGACCCCCGCACCCAAGAGCUCCAACCAGGCUACAACUUCACUGAACAACAUUAUCAAAGCCACCUCCAAUGAAGAUACAGAGAGCAGCAGCUAUAUGAAGUCCCAGAAAAACUUUUCCAGCAGUAACAUAUUGGCUUGGAACAAUAAUGCCAGCAGUAGCAUCCCCCUCAGGAGGCAGGAAGUGUCAGAAGAGGAGGCUGAACGGUUCAUUAACCAGGUCAAUUUGGCUGCUGUGACCAUCCAGCGCUGGUACAGAAAGCACUCGCAGAGGCACAAGGAAGGCAUGACCCAGCUCGGGCGCUUACUAACUUCCAAAAGAGAGGAAAGACAACAGCAUCUCAAAGAGGAGGGCAACCUCUCAGAUUUGCAGCACAGGCGAGAAGAAGAGCGGAAGAAGAUUCGAGAGGAGAAGGCACGAUUGGCCAGGAAAGCAGCCAUCCAGGAACUGCAGCAGAAACGGGCCCAAAAAGUCUUGGAUACACAACGCUUGGUUGAGGAGGAGCUGGCGAUUAUGAAAGAAAGCAAGAAAGCAGGAAGAAAAAAGCCUGGGAAGGCUGGCUCUGUGAAGAAUAGCAGCCCUGCCAACAGUGUAAUCAAAGCCAAUAAUGCAGAUGCUAACUUCAACUUGGCAGCUACAGACGUAGAAGAAAACACUACCAUGGCAUGUCUCUCUAUCCCAGGACAAAACAAGCUACCUGAAGAGCAGCCACAGGAUAUCAGCUCUGGAAAGAUGGCCAGUGAAGACCUGGAGGCAAUGAUCACUGCGGCAAGUAGGGCACAGUCCAAAGUUACCCUUAAUGAGUUAUUGGACACACUAAAGCUAUUGGAGGAGGAGCCAGAGUUGCUGCCACAGCCAAAGACCUGCAAGGAGGAUAAAUAUGCCUGGAUUGAUGGGGAGGCAGAUUCAAAUUCUCUUACUGCUGACAACCUGGAGAAGUUUGGGAAACUGAACUGUUCUCCAGGAGUCCCUGAGGAAGGCACAUUGCUGUCAGAGGCCAAACUCCAGAGCAUUAUUAGCUUCUUGGAUGAAAUGGAGAAAUCUGAGCAGGAGCGACCCAGGUCUGCUGCUUCACAACGUGAGGGGCUGUUGUCAGAAGAAGAGCUAGCUCACCUGGAUCAGGCCUCAGCUGUUGCCACAGAAGUCACCAGCUCCAUUAUGCGUCUGAAGUUAGAAGUAGAAGAGAAGAAGAGAGCAAUUACAUUACUACAGACAGCACUGGCUCAGCAGCGGGAGCUGACUGUGCGUCAUGUCAAAGAGACAGAGAAGGAGUUGAGUCGCCAACUAGCAUUGCAGCGAGAGCAAUAUGAGGCAGCUGUCCAGCGGCACUUGGCCUUCAUCGACCAGCUGAUUGAUGAUAAGAAGGUUCUGAGUGAGAAAUGUGAAGCUGUAGUGGCUGAGCUGAAGCAGGUGGAUCAGAAAUAUACCAAGAAGAUUGCGCAGAUGCAAGAGCAGCAUGAACUGGUCUGGCGCACUCUGGGCCCUCUCUGCGAGGAAAUAAAGAAACUGAAGGAGCUCAUGAGUGCCACAGAGAAGAUUCGCAGAGAGAAAUGGAUUGAUGAGAAAACAAAGAAAAUCAAAGAGAUUACUGUUAAAGGUCUGGAACCAGAGAUUCAGAAACUUAUUGCUAAGCAUAAGCAGGAAAUAAAAAAGCUGAAAGCACUGCAUGAGGCAGAGCUAUUACAGUCAGACGAGCGGGCAGCCCAGCGCUUUGUACGCCAAGCUGAGGAGCUGAAGACGAUGCUGGAGCAUGAGAAGGAAGAACAGGGGCAACGAGAGAGAGAGCUGGCAAGGCAACGGUAUGAGAAGCAGUUGGAGCAGGAGGAACAAGCUUUGCAGCAACAGCGGCGCCGACUCUACAAUGAAGUUGCUGAAGAAAAAGAGAGACUUAACCAGCAGGCAGCCAGGCAGAGAGCUGAGCUCGAGGAAUUGCGACAGCAGCUGGAAGAAAACAGCUCUGUUGUCACCAAAGCAUUGAAGGAGGAAUAUGAGAAGGGGCGAGAAGAGCAGGAGCAACGCCAUCAGGCAGAGGUCCAGGCCCUGAAGGUGCGGCUAGAGAUAGAGAAGCAGGCCUGGGAAGCCAAUUACCUGAAGAAGGAGGAGGCCUGGCUGCACACUCGUGAACGAGAGCUGAGGGAGGAAGUACGGAAAGAGAGGGACAAAGAGAUUGAGUUAGUCAUCCAGCGGCUGGAGGCUGACAUGUCAUCUGCCAAGGAGGAGUGUGAAAGAGCCACAGAGAACCGAAUUAAGAGAGUGCGAGACAAGUAUGAAGCAGAACUGCAGGAGCUGGAGCGGUCAGAACGCAAGCUCCAGGAGCGCUGCAAUGAGCUGAAAGGGCGGCUGUCAGACGCAGAAGGCGAGAUUGUCCAUCUGCGGGGUCUGCUACGGCAGAAGGAACAGGAGGCAGAGGAUAUCCGCAAGGUGAGGGACCAGCUUGCUCAAGAACGCAGCAGCCUCUCUGAGGUUAUCCGGCAGGAGUUUGCUGACCGGCUUGUGGGCACAGAAGAGGAAAACAAACGGCUCAAAGGAGAGAUAGCUGAGCUUCGCGCCCGCCAACGAUUGGAACUAGAUAGAGUGACACGGGACAAAGAAGAAGAGCUGGAAGAGGUGCAUAAAAGAGUUAAGACAGCCAUUGUGAAGAAAGAGGAGACUGUGAACAGCCUUCGAAAGCAGUAUGAGGCAGCCGUGAAGAGGGCAGACCACCUAGAGGCCCUCUUGGAACAACAGCGUAAGCAGCUGCUAGCAGCCAAGUAGCAGCUGCAGGUCCCCAAGCACCACUAUAGCACUGCAAGGACCGAGUCAAGUAGUCGUAUGCAGCAAAACAGAAUUUUCUGUUGCGGUCCAGAAGAGUCCAAAAUAAAAUGAACACUAACCUGUAUGUAGAUGAGGAGGGGUUAUUGUUCUUUUUAUUAUUUUUUUAACAUGUUCUUUUCCAUGUGCCUGAGAUCUGACCUCUUUCUACAAGAAGCCUGGGUAGUAUGCCAGUUCUCAUCGAUGUAUUUUCAAAGUAAAGUCCAACUGAUUUGUAA